GGGGAGGAGGCGCGGAGAGGCGGCAAGCUCAGCCGGGGAGGUGGGGGCAGAGGCACAGACAGAGGCGCGGAGGCUCCGAGAGAGAAGACGUGGAGGGAGGGACGGAGCCAGGACAGCGGUGGACCCGGGCCGCGCGCGCUCCAGGCAAAGAGCAGCGCGCAGCAGGCGCCGGGCACCGAGACGGGAGGCACGGGUGAUCUCUGGCCGUCCAUGCACAGAGCGCCCUCUCCCACAGCGGAGCAGCCACCUGGCAGAGCGGAUAACACCCGCCGGACCCCACAACCCAGAGUCAAGGCAAGUGCCUCAACCAUGGCACUGCCUCGAACACUGGGUGAGCUGCAGCUGUACCGGGUCCUGCAGCGUGCCAACCUUCUUUCUUACUACGAGACCUUCAUCCAGCAGGGAGGGGAUGAUGUACAGCAGCUGUGUGAGGCGGGCGAGGAGGAGUUCCUGGAAAUCAUGGCACUUGUGGGCAUGGCCACCAAACCACUCCAUGUCCGACGUCUACAGAAGGCUCUGAGAGAAUGGGCCACCAACCCAGGGCUCUUCAGCCAACCAGUGCCUGCUGUGCCUGUCUCCAGCAUCCCACUUUUCAAGAUCUCUGAGACAGCUGGUACCCGGAAAGGGAGCAUGAGCAAUGGGCAUGGCAGCCCAGGAGAAAAGGCGGGCAGUGCUCGAAGCUUUAGCCCCAAGAGUCCCCUUGAACUUGGAGAGAAGCUAUCACCACUUCCUGGAGGACCUGGUGCAGGGGAUCCCCGGAUCUGGCCAGGCCAGAGCACUCCAGAAUCUGAUGUUGGAGCAGGAGGAGAAGAGGAGGCCGGGUCUCCCCCUUUCUCCCCCCCUGCAGGGGGAGGAGUCCCUGAGGGGACUGGGGCUGGGGGGGUGGCUGCAGGUGGCACAGGGGGUGGUCCAGACCGCCUGGAACCAGAGAUGGUGCGAAUGGUGGUAGAGAGUGUGGAGAGGAUCUUCCGGAGUUUCCCCAGGGGUGACACUGGAGAGAUCACAUCCCUGUUGAAGCUGAAUAAGAAGCUGGCACGGAGUGUGGGGCACAUCUUUGAGAUGGAUGAUAACGACAGCCAGAAAGAAGAGGAGAUCCGAAAAUAUAGCAUCAUCUAUGGCCGCUUGGAUUCCAAACGGCGUGAGGGCAAACAGCUUAGCUUGCACGAGUUGACCAUCAAUGAGGCUGCUGCCCAGUUCUGCAUGAGGGACAACACCCUUUUACUUCGAAGGGUAGAACUUUUCUCACUGUCCCGCCAAGUAGCCCGAGAGAGCACCUAUCUUUCUUCCUUGAAGGGAUCCAGGCUUCACUCUGAAGAAUUGGGAGGUCCACCACUGAAGAAACUGAAACAAGAGGUUGGAGAACAGAGUCAUACUGAAAUCCAGCAGCCUCCUCCAGGCCCUGAGCCCUAUGCACCCCCAUACCGCCCCAGCCUCGAGGAGGACAGCGCCAGUCUGUCUGGGGAGAGCCUAGAUGGUCACUUGCAGGCUGUGGGGUCGUGCCCAAGGCUGACGCCGCCCCCUGCUGACCUGCCCCUGGCAUUGCCAGCGCAUGGGCUAUGGAGCCGCCACAUCUUGCAGCAGACACUGAUGGAUGAGGGGCUGCGGCUCGCCCGCCUCGUCUCCCAUGAUCGUGUGGGCCGCCUCAGCCCCUGUGUGCCUGCGAAGCCGCCUCUCGCAGAAUUCGAGGAAGGGUUGCUGGAUCGCUGUCCUGCCCCAGGACCUCAUCCUGCUCUGGUGGAGGGUCGCAGGAGCAGCGUCAAAGUGGAGGCAGAAGCCAGCAGGCAGUGAAAGUGGGGGAGUCUCAGACCCAGGACCCAGACUUCUGGCUCACUUAAGACCCCCCACAUUCUCCAUCCUUGCACUCGGCACUACCCUAGAAGGAUCCUUCUGCUGCCCUCUGCCUCCCAUCCGCUCCAUGGGCACAGGACUAUGGGGCUUCAAGCAAUAACAAACAGGGGCCUAGCCAGAGGACUCAAGGGUGCAAGGUGUGCCCUCACCCGGCUCAGGGGCGUGGACUUUGCCUCCAGCCUGCUGGGGCUCUCCUUUCUCUCAUACCACACACACCCAUUCUCCAGGUGGCCAGCAGUGGUGUGAGCGGCUGAACUACUCUGCUUGGAAGAGAAGAACUUCCCCGGGAAGGCCUAGCAGCUUAAAUGGAACCGUUUGCUCUGAGACUGGGGGCUUGGGAAAACUGGGUCUCCCUCCCCCAUCCUCAUUUUUUGUGCUUCUAGUUUGUUUCUUUAAUUUAACAAGUGCUGCAGUUCGCCCGCCCCGUUCUCAUCACCCCUACCCCCCAGCAGUCCUCUCUCUCGAACUGUGUGAGGCUGCCCCGCAGUUCCCUCUACCAGCCCCUUAGAGGCCUGGGUUGGACCCUGAGUCUCCUCAGCCGGCAGGACUGCAGCACCUGUCGAACACUUAGCGUGUCUUUCUUUUCAGAUUGUGUACAGUAGAUUAUUUAUUUUGUUAUUUUGGAAUAAAAUUUAUUUUAUGGCUUAGGAUCCAUGGCCCUCUUCCCCAAAGUGAGGGAAAAAGGACAGGGUGAGAGUCGGGGGGGGGGGGAGCUGGCAGUGGACAUAAAAAUAGGAGAGACAGCAGUUGAGGGCCCCAACACCCAGGGAGUUUACACAAUGAGGUCUGCACCCCUACUCAACCCUCAGGCUCUAGGAAAGCUGGAAGCAUGGACUCACCAAGGCUAUCACUGGAUGCAUGUUACAGCCACAUAGUUACUCCCCAAAUGAUACUGGGUCACUGUCUUGUACAAUGUCUUAGCCUUUCAGAUACAUGAGGUCACAUGGGCAAAAGCAGAUACAUGUUCUGUGUGGUCAUACAGUGAUGUGUGACGUCUAUAGGUUUAACAUGUCUUGGGGUAAACAUUGGCACGGCUACACACAAACUUAGCUCUUACAAUGCACAGGCUCAAAUGUCACGAGGCCUCUUUUUGGCAAGACUUUGGAGCUUCAGAGAAGUUUUGGAUUUUAAUCUGGGUAAAACCCAUACCAGUAACCAUACACCUACGUUUUCUUUUUUUUUUCUCCCAGAGUCACCUGAACCCAGCUCCAAUCCCUAAGCCUAUGCCCUCUGUCUUUGGCACAGUGUCUAUGUUUUGCGUGUGAGUCCCAGGCCCUGGCUCAACACAGUUCUGGGGUGUGUGUGUGUGUGUGUGUGUGUGUGUGUGUGUGUUGUGCAGGAGCCUGUAUCACAGAGCCCGAAUAUCCCCCCUCAUCCCUUUGCACCCGGUGCUGGCAAAGGGGGGGCCUGGCGGGAUAGGAAGGACAGAGCACAGCAGUUCCAUAUGCCACACGUUCUCCCAGCCAGUUCUUUUCUCUUGACCAAGGAACAGCUGGAGACGGAGGCACCUGCAUGAGC